GAGAGCGUUUUCUCUCCUGGGUACAUUUGCGUCCCAGUUCUUCUUGUCCGUACAGGUCUUGGGUCCUUAAUCUAUGGAUAAUUGAUGGUUUGAUUCCGGUUUCUUGGUCGGAUUUCACCCCUAAGUUCAUUUCCGUGGUUGGAUUUGAAAUUAGAACCAUGAAUUACGGCCAAAAACUCAAAAUCGAUCUGGAAAUUUGCUUCUUUUACUAUUCACUCCAAAAUCGAUUUCUGUAAAAAGAGUUGAUUUAAGGUGUUGUUUCUGGAUGUUAAGGUUGGGUUGGUUCCUCUGACGACUUAAUUGAUCUUGUUCUUGAAUAAGAAAACGUUGUUUAGCUGAAACCUAAAACUCCGGACACUGUUCAUCAUUCCCGCCGCUACUGGUUCGAUGCUCAUAUUCAGGGGUUACGGAUAGAAUACUCUUUGACUUCAGCUGCGUCUAUUGGUGUUUGGGGUUUGUCUCUGCACAAGAGCAAAACGUGUGCUGCGUUUUGCUGGAGUUUGGGGUUCGCUUCUGCACAAGGAGUUUUGCAGACCACGCUGAACCUUUCACCUCUCCAUGGUGAGGAAGAAGUCCGUGUCUGUGGAGCCACCAACUAGUCGAGCUACUAGGUCGAAAUUUGCCCUCCUUGCUGAUAUUGUGAUAUAGAUGAAGAAUUCCCAGUUCUUAAGAGAGCUGGGGCGGAUUCCAUUGUGGCAGAACAUACUGCUGGUGUAGGGGAGCCUUCCGCUGGGAAGACUAUUGCUGCAGGAGUUACUGCUAUAUUUGGGCAGACUGCCCCCAUCCAGCAAGAUGCUACUGAGGCAGGAGUUUCUUCUCUUGUGGUCCCGAUUAAGGUAACUGUUGCUGCUACUGAGAGUGUGCAACCUGCUGCUACCGUAGAGAAUGUUCUGAUUCCAAAGACCUUAAUUGAUGGGAAUCCUGGCAGUAACUCUGGGGUUACUACUAUCCCAAAAGCGCAUGAAAAUGUUAAGAAGCCAUGGAGUACACUCUUUAAGGAUAAUCGAGCUCCAUCUCAUGGGAUCAAACUGAAAUUUGUCCCUCCUAAGGGUAAUUCUCUGGACCUCUCUGACAGAGUUAUGCCAUCCAUGGUGCCAUGGUGGAGAUGUGGGGGUACUGUCUCGUGGGCUGUUUCACGGGUCAUUUCCCCGGCUUAAAAGCUAUACAUGAACUGAAAGUCAAGUGGGGUGUAAAAUGCCAAAUCAGGUCACAUGAUAAAGGUUGGGUGAUUUUUAAAUUCCAAACGGAUGUGGACAGAAUGAAAGUACUAAAUGAGGGACCUUACACCAUCUUCGGCAAGCUACUCAUGUUGAAGGUUUUAUCGGAAGAUUUCACGUUUGACGAUGAAGAGUUCCUUAAAGUGCCGAUUUGGGUUAAAUUCCCACACCUACCAAUGAAACUAUGGAAUAAAGAUGCCAUGAGUGAAGUUGCCUCUAUGGUAGGGUGCCACUAACUACGGACUUGAUCACCCAAGAGAGGAGCAAUCAUAACUUCGCUAGGGUGCUUAUUGAAGUUGAUGUGUCAAAACCGCCCCCACUUUCAUUUCCUAUCCGAUUACCUUCACAUAAGGUAAUCAAACAAUUGGUGGUCUAUGAAACUUUCCCAAAUUUCUGCUUCCAUUGCAAAGAAUAUGGGCAUAACCCGUUCAUUUGUAAAAAACUACAUGAGAAGGAAGUGAAGGAAAAAAAUGAUUUUGAAGAAAAAGUUGUUUGUGCUGCUGCAUCCCAAGUGAUAGAGACCAAUGAAGAGAAAACUAAGGAAGUGGAGAUAGGUGAGUUAAAGUUGAGGGAAUUAAUUGAGAGUUUGGAAACUGUACUUAGGGAGGAAGCCAGGACUGCAGUACCUAUGACGGAGCUUGUGCCGAAAGAUGUGCAGGUUUCCCAUCCGGAAACUGCUACUGCCACACUGGCUGUUGCACUUCUGCCAACUUCCAUUUCAGGGGAGGAGGAACCGAGUAAGAUGGCUAACGUUACAGAGGUUCAUCUUGACUCGGAUACGGAUGAGAAGGGUGAUACUAUUGACUCAGACAAUGAUGAGUAUCCUCCUGCAGCAGAUUACAUAGCUAAGAAGAAGAAAAAAAUCCGUCGAAAGGUGAGUCAAAUGAGAAGUAUAAAAGACGGCUUGGAAGAAUGAUUGGAAGGAAGAUAAAAUAAUUUCAGUCAUGGUCUUUGUGAUGGAAUUAGUUAGGGAUAUGUGGACUUUUAAUUAAUUUGUGAAGUGGAGACUGUCCCAUUUUUUGAUGCAUUAUAUCUAGGUUAGUUUAUUCUAGCUUAGAUAGUCAUUUUGAUUUGGAUUUGAUGCAUUGUAAAAUGCUAUUUUUCGAUUUCUAAUAUACUUAGAUGUUAUCGAAAAAAAAGGGGUCAUAUAGGAG